ACAGUUUUUGCGACCUAAAUUGUACAAAGUCUAAAUCUUAAAAUCAAUGUCAACGAAUACAGUUCGAUUUAAAACUUCUUUUGAAUAAAAUCGAUCUUCGAUGAAAACAGAACUGUCCAUUUUUAAUAUUGACUGUUGGUUCUAGACUGUAAGUUGGUAUCAAAUUUUGACAUAAAGACCUAGAUCACAGAGUGGUUUUGUAUGUGAACGUCGAAAAUAAUUUUCUGUUAUAUAAAUUGUAAUAAUUUGAAAUGUGGACAAUUAAUGUACAUGGAAAUGUUAUUUAUUAAAUGAUGUAGGAACAUAAAUAAUAUAUAUGUAUAUCCAUUGAUAUUAUUUUAAUGAAAACUAGAAUGGAAACAUAUUUAUUCAUGAAUUAAAUUCCAUUCAGUCCAUAUUAUUAUACUACUUUUUCAUUCAGUUCGAAACACGUUACUCGUUACGAAGCUAGUAUAUAGUCCAUGAAUUUAUAUGAAUAACCACUAAAUAACAAGUUAGCUGUGAUGACUGCUGAGUGAUGACGCAAACGUGAUACGGUGAUACUACACAUUACGUACACGUAGCGAUAUUGAAAAUUAAUUUAAUUAAAUUCCUUGUAUCUAGUUUUACGAUUUAGUAUAUGUUAUAGUUUUUCAACUGCAAUUAGCCAUGUCGUCCAAAACUGUUAAGAAGCCAAAAAACACAGAACUAUCAGCUAUCGGAAAAUUAUAUCUAAUUGCUUACAACGGUAUACAAACUUUAGGAUGGUCUUACAUGUUAUGGCAAACCAUUGUCCACUUUCUGAACCGUGGAACUUUGGACACUUUUUGGGAAGAAAUUAAAUGGACAGUAUACAUAUUUCAAAAUGCUGCAGUAUUAGAAAUACUCCAUGCAGCUGUAGGCUUGGUGCCAUCGGGAGUUUUUUUGGUACUCAUGCAAGUCUUCUCCAGGGUGUUCCUCGUGUGUGGCGGAUUUCUGAUAGCACAUGGACCUACAGUUAGUCCUGGACUACCAGUCUGCGUCUUUGCUUGGUCUAUCACUGAAAUAAUCAGAUAUUCAUAUUAUGCAUUGAAUAUUAUGAAAGCUGUGCCAGAAAAUCUAUUGUUUUUAAGAUACUCGACGUUCUUAUUUUUGUAUCCAAUUGGUAUAACAGGAGAGUUACUAUGCUGGUAUGACACCCUUGAUGAAGUAGCGGAGAAGCAAAUCUUUACCAUGUCCAUGCCAAACACAUGGAACUUUAUCUUUAACUACUAUUACUUCCUAAUUAUUUAUAUGCUAUCCUAUUUUCCGUUAUUCCCUGUUCUUUUUGGACAUAUGUUAAAACAAAGGAAAAAGAUGCUAUCUGGUGACCUCAAAAAAUCGAAAUAGUACUGUUCUAUUAAGUAAAUUAGAAUGUAAUUAAUUUAAUGGGUAGUCGGGUUUUAUUUAUUCUUAUUAUGAAUUUCUCUAUUUCAUGUGGUUGUAUGUAACUCGCUUUGUGCAGUCCGAAUCUCUAAAUUAUGAUUUGCUUUAUAUGGGCUUAUUAUGCUUAUCAUAUUGAUAAGUAAGCAAUUGGAAAUUAUUUCAACUUUUUUUGAGAUUCGGAAAGAUGAAAGAUAAGGAGCAAUGCUGUUAUUAGUUUUAUAUUUUUCUAGAAGAUAAGUGGGUAGUGCGUCUAUUUAACUUUUAUAUAUGCACAAUUUUGAUAUCUUAUGAUGACUAAGAUUUAUAAUCGUUUUGUUUGUCUAUCAAAUAUAUUGAUAUUUUCAUUUUGUAAAUAACAAUAGUAAUAUUUGAAUGGGCUAUGGUGAAAAUAUAAUAUUUUUAUGAUA